AUGCCUUUUCACUCGAACGACCUUGGCGAGUCUGCUUCUGGCCCUGCAGAAAUCGCCUUCCUCCGCUCACAACUAGAUCGAACCGCCCGUGAAUCUGCACUACGCCUCAAACUGGUUUCGAGCGAGUGCGAGUCUCGGAUCGAGCAGCUUUCUCGUCAGCACGAUGCUGAAAUCCGAAUGCUUCAUCUCGAGCACGAUACGAAGAUGGUGUUGGUAAAGAGGGAGGGGGAAGGAAAGGUAGAGGCGUUACAGUGCGCGCUGGAGAGUUUGAGGUGUCGGUAUGUUGCAAAUGUCGACAGGAUGAGGAUAGAAUCGGAUGAGAAGGUACGGAGACUGGAAGCGGAGAAGGAUGCUCUAGCAGUUGCACAACUCGAGGCUCAGGACGAAUGCAAGAGAAAGGACGUGGAGUUGACGAAGGUACAUGCGGAAAGGGUCGAAGGGAUCACAGUCAUCCAAUCUAAAGAUGUAGAACUUGAAGAACUACGAGAGAAAGUCAAGACCCUCGGAGCGGAGAACGUGCUCACGCAGUUUCAGGAAAGCGGACAGGAAAAGCCGAUGCGCAGGCUGGUUUUGGAAUUCGCUUUGAGACUCGGGCUGUCAAGAACAUACCUACGGCUCCCCGCGCAAUGA